AUGACUACGGCUCUUUUCUACCCGCCUAUCCCUCCUGUACGUGUCCAAGGACGACCUGAACGCAGCUCGAAGCACAGCUCGUACAACAAAUCUUGCAAGCAAGUCGACGUCCUGGUCAACAGGAACUAUGUUCGAUUGGUAACCGUCCUUGUCGCAACAGCUUUAAGUGCCUGCUUUGGUAUCUUCAUAGGCAACACCGCCAACGACAAAGCCUACUACUUUACACACCACCUAUUCCAGCAUCUGCAACCAUCGACCAAGAUGGACGACUCUCCUCCUAGCAGAACAAACUUGACUUGGUCCUACGAUCGCCGUGGCCUUUUAACUGACACCCUUCAGCAACAGGAGCUCCCCUUACCCGAUCUGAAGCCUGGUCAUGCUCUGGUCCGUGUCCAUGCCGCCGCUCUAAAUCCCGUCGAUUGGAAGUUGGCGUCAGCGAUUCCCAGCCCGCUUCUCUUCUUGAACACCAACAGGCGCUCUGUUGCUGGGUUUGACUUUGCUGGCCAGAUCGUCGCCAUCAAGCCCGACCAUGAUCAAGAUAAGAACGAUCGUUCCGAGGGACCUGGCAUCGGCGCGCGCGUGUAUGGCAUGGUCGAACCUAGAAACAAGAUUUCACGUGGGCACGGGUCCAUAUCAAGAUAUUUGACAAUACGAGCGAGCCUCGUGGCAGUCAUGCCGGCCAAACUAUCUUACAUCGAUGCAGCCGGCAUCUCUUUGACCGCUAUCACCGCAUUGGCCAUGACUCGAUCAAUCGAAUCGUCAGAACGCGUUCUGCUGCUCGGCGCUGGUACAGCCGUCGGUCUGUUGGUAUCACAACUGUGCCAUGACCGCGGCGCAACAACGAUCGGUACUGUGUCAGGACACAAGGCCGACAUCGUGCGACGACGUGGCGUGGACGCCACCAUUGACUGUAGGUCGAAGAACUCAAUCAUGGCCAUGGAAAGCGAACCAGGCGGGAACGAAUACAUUUCGCUAGUGCGCUUGUUAUCACAAUUUACUGAGAUAAUCGACCGACUGGUCAUUCCGUGGUUCUUGUGUGAUGCAGAUAACAACGUUGACGUCGUCGAAUAUCUCAAACAUCAUUACCAAGGUUCACCUUUCGACUGGAUCCUCGAUUGCGUUGGCUCUGAUCUCAACACCUUCUACGAAUCGCCAUCGUAUCUUGCACCGCAUGGUGUACUCACACCCAUCGUGGACUCGGUGUACAGCUUCGAGCAAGUGCCACAAGCGUAUGAGAAGCUUAUGGCUGGCAAAACUACCGAUGCAAGCUCGUUCAGGCAGCCCAAAGAAGGUCGGAUCGACCGUUCUCCGUCCUUCUCUACUUGUGACGCUGAGGGGAUUGUGCCUGCUGCUCGAAACGAACGCACGCUUGUCGAUGGCUUCCAAUUUCGUCAUAAAGAUAAAAUAAAAUUCAAACACGAGCAACCACCUGCACAUUCCCAUCUGGGUUUCCCAAAUCUGUGUCGGAACAGCACAAAAGAUGAGGACAACGCUCCGAAGAGUUCGAGUGACCACGAACGAUACCAUGGAACUCCGUAUUUGGAGAUGGUGGGCCGUGUGAUUCGUCGACGCGCGAUUAGCCUCCAAUUCAAGCGUCGAGUCCGAGAGGAGGAGCGGUAUUUGCGUUCGUACAAGAAGUGUGGCAACUCGGCUUCGUUGUCUGUAGCGGUGUGUAGGUCGCUUCGUUACCACCCAUGUCCCAAGGGCAAUUCAACUAGUGAUCUUCGUUGCCCUACCGUGAGGAGCAGCAUGUGUUUUGAUGAGCGAAGCGCGUACCAUGCGGGUCGUCAGCCAUCGGUGGACGCUCCUGCUCAAAAGCCAGGCAAUAAAUUAGGGCUCUACCUGUUUGACCAUGACGAGCCCUGUACGUGUCGUGUACAGCGAGCUCGAAGCAGCGUUGGGGGGCAGUCUGUCGAACCCAUCUCGGCUGGCGUGAAUGGCUUCGAAAAGCGUUGUCUUCUCAUCAAACACCUCGAAGCCCAUGCGUUUAUACAUUUGCACCACAACCGCAUUGUCGGGCUUGAUCAGGAUACGGAGUUGUCCAGAGCCGAUGUAUGUGAAACAUUCCUUGCAGAGAAGUCGGGCAAGACCACGACCACGCAUGCGAUCAUCGACGUAAAGUGCAGUCAUGUGCCAAUAGGCGCCAUGCGGAUCGUCUUGAAGAGAAGGCGAUCUCGAAGAAUCGGAGCCGGGCAAAACCUGGAAGGACGCGUCGUACUCCGAUCGAUUGAGAGGACCGAUCAAGGUGACCUGGCCAACCCAGCCGUCUGUCUGCUGAUCGACGCAGACGAAGAUGGUCUUCUGCGGCUCCUGCAGACGUUGCAGCCGUGCCUGCGUAUCUAA